UGACGUAAUUUUUUUGCACAAGAAGAACAUCGUCGGUUCUAUCAACCUCUUUUGUUCACAGCCCGCUCUCGGUUACGGCUAAAAUACGGACAACGUGUAUCUAGCUAGUUACCGGGGAAUAACAUUCGAUAACACAAAGCUAGUAAACGUCAUACAGUGCGUUGUUUUGGGGUACUGCAUACCGCUUUGAAACUAAGUGAAUGAAAGCUUUGCAGAACGUGAGCGACAUGAGUUCCGACGCUAAACCCGAGCCUAAAAAAGGCAAAAUGGAGAAUGAAAGCAAAUAUCUCCCUGAGCUUCUGGCAGAAAAAGACAGCCUGGAUUCGUCAUUUACUCACGCAAUGAAACUGAUAUCUGCAGAGAUCGAAAGGAUUCAGAAAGGAGAGUCAAAGAAAGAGGCAGAAAGGGAAACGUACUUGGACCUGUUUACCACAAAGAACAUCAAGGUCAAAGAACGUGUGCUAAUUCCCGUCAAGCAGUACCCAAGGUUCAACUUCGUUGGUAAGAUUCUGGGACCCCAGGGGAACACGAUCAAGCGACUCCAGGAGGAAACAGGAGCAAAGAUAUCGGUGUUGGGCAAAGGUUCCAUGAGAGACAAGGCGAAGGAGGAAGAGCUGAGAAAGGGUGGUGAGCCCAAAUAUUAUCAUCUGGGCAUGGAACUGCAUGUCUUCAUAGAGGUGUUUGCCCCCAUACCUGAGGCAUACCUGCGCAUGGCUCAUGCCAUGGACGAAGUCAAAAAGUUCCUCAUCCCUCAGGACACCAUGGAUGGUAUCUGCCAGGAUCAGUUCAUGGAGAUUGGCUACCUAAAUGGAGGUCAGGACUCACAGUCCAGGGGAAGGGGGGGCCCCCCAGGCAGGGGCAGGGGAGCACCCCCACCCAACUCUGCAGGAGCCAGGGGGCGAGGAAUGCCACCUCGUGGAGGAGCCCCUCGUGGUGGGGCUUCCCGAGGGCCACCCAGGGGUGGGUCCACCAGAGGUGCUCCAGCUGGUCGGGGUGGACCCCCCUCCACACCCGCUAGAGGAGGCACAGCUCAACGUUCCAGACCCCCCGCACAAGGGACGCAAAGGAUGCUCCCGUCCCCAGCCCACUCCCACCAGCAGCACCAACAUCAGCACCAACAUGCGCCACCACCCAAGGCUGAGGCCUAUGAUGAAUAUCCUGCCUAUGAAGAAAGCUAUGCUGAGCCUGCAUAUGAAGGUUAUGACAGUUAUUACAGUCAACAACCUCCACAAGCGGAUACAGAGUACUAUGACUAUGGACAUGGAGAGGCUCAGGAGGCCUUUGAACCCUAUGCCCAGGACGAUUGGGAGGGUUCGUGGCCCACCACUGGAGGCAAAGCCCCUCCUGCAAGGCAGGAUAAGCGGGGGUCCUACAGAGAGCAUCCAUACGGAAGAUACUGAACGGCUCCGGUAGAGGGUUGCCCUGGCAACUGUCUCCUGUUGUAAAUCACUUUUAACUCUGAAGUAAUUUCUCUCUUUUUCUUUAAUUUUUUUAAAUGGUUUGAGAGCAGGAUAAUUGGAUGAAUCGCAUCGAGUGGGCAUAGCAAGCAAGUGCAAGGAUUUUGAUAAUACGUUUCAUUCAAUGUUUGUUUCCAAUGCAUCUUUGAGUUAAGAUCUAAUGUAAUGGUUGCUUGAAGAUUUAAAAAAACAAAACGAAAAAACUUGAUACCUUGUGUAGUUUAAUGUUCAAAAAUGUUAUUUCAGUUUGUCUGUCGUCAUGAGAGGAUUCAGUUGCAGACUCAUUUAGGCUGCAUUUCAAAAGUAUUUUUAGCUAAUAAACUUGAUCAAUGACAUCAAUGUAACAUCGGCAACUUAGAAUGAAUGGGGAAGAACCUAAAUAAAUUUCUGGACAAUUUUUUUUGUAGAAUCUAAAAUCCCAUAGGUUCAAUUUUUUAAAUUUUAUUAUGAGUUUUGAAAUCUAGCCUUAUUAGACACUGUUGAGACGGUCUGUCCUAAAAUAUCUCAGUCAUUUCAAUUUGACUUGAUUGUCUAGUACAUUCUGCUAUAGAUAUCUUUUGCGAUUGGCUUACUUUGGUCUACAUCUUAUUGGGCUGACUGAUGGAAAUUCUGGUGAAUUACUCUAUUUGUUGGUGUCCUACCAAGAUUUGGACAUGGUCCUCACAUGGUCUUUAUGUAAGGGAAAACUGCAGCCAACUCAAUAUUAUGUACAUAAACUAAGAACAAUUGUAUUGCUAUCUAAAGUUGUGCAGUCUCCAAAAUGCAUAGUGCUAUAUGUGUACUCUUGCCUAAAUAGUAUACUAAAUAUAUCCACAAAUGUUUUGCUGCAGUGCGUUGUAUCAAUAAAGCCUAAUUUGUUUUUGUUUUUUUAUCCAACUAAACCUGGUAUCUUCAUUUUGUUGUAUAGUAAUGCCUUCCACUAAUAAAACUGAUCCUCAUUUUGAGGUUCUUCACAAAACUCAAACAAUCACCAGAUUAUUGCAUGUACAUAGACCAAAGCAACCAAACUGAACGUCUGCUCUAUUUUGAUAAAGAGCACAUCCUCUUCAUCUCUCUCUUUAAUAGAAGAUCUAGAAGAGACCCAUUAUGUCACGUAAAAUAACGAUGGUUCCUUAAGGUAAUGUAUUUCCAAAUACUUCGUCUGACAAUGAUAGUGCCUGGACUUGUAUUAUUUGAAGUCAAUUGUUACGACAGCACAUUUCCUCAAGCUUCCCAAUGAUCCAUGUAUUUUUAGUCAUUUGAAAUAACUGAUUUUCAACAGUAUUUCAAGUCAAGCUUGCAGGAUUCUUACUUGACUUUAAUAAAACCAGCCAGCAUGACUUUGCAUCAAAGAAAAAUAUCGCAGGGGAGAGGAUGCUAAAAGCCUAAAGAUCACGUCAAGAAGGUAAAACGAACCCCAACUGUCAUUUGUUAGAGAUUUUUUUUGUCUUAUGCACAAAAUGCUAGAACCUGCUAGUCAUCCAAAACCAGUUGUCCAAAAAUACAUACCUGCAUAAUAUGCUAUGAUGACCUGUUCCAAACAAAAUAGCUGUACAAAAUUAUUAGAAAUGAUUGUAAUGCAACUCUUGCUAAAAUUGAAAACAGUUUAUGGUCCAAUUAUUUCAACUGCCCUCCCUGGCUUUUUUGUUUGGUCUUUUUAGAAUAAUGUUAAAAUAAUCUAAGUCAUGGUUAUAAAGACUUACAACCUCCGCUUGAGUUGCAUGACAUUUGCAUUGAAAUAUUAGUCUUGCAUGGAUGAUUGUGUUCAAGUACAUGUUAGUUGUCAACAGCACUUGCACAAGGGUCUCAUUGUAUUUCUGUCCCCAGGUAUUCCGAGUAAGUCCCUCUCUGGGUUUGAGAAAGGCAUCGGACUUGAGCUGAAUAAAGUCCUCGGGGUAUAAUCCAGUGAAAGGCCUUGAAGACUGCACAGCACUUAUCGAUAAUGGCACUCCCUGGAAUAUGGCUGCUUAAUGUCUGCAAGUCUCCAGAGAAAGAACAUGAGGCUUACAGUGCAUUCAACUUGAGAGGAUGAAGUAAAUGCACUGGUUCCUGACAGCAGCUUGGAGUAAGAGGAACUGAGUUGUAUUCUGGAAAAUGAUGCAAACAAUUACAUUGAUAGAAGGCACAAUCUUUAUGCAAUAUCAAAACUGAUCUAUCCCCUAAAAUUAUAAUUGUUACAUUUCAUUGACUUUUUUUUAAACCUCGUUUUAGUUGUUUUUGUGAUUGUUAAUUUGUAGUUGCCUCAAGGUCUUGAAUGAUUUCUGUGCAGAAUAACUUUGAUUUCUUAAAUAAAUCCCAAUAUCCUGA